AUGAUUCAGAGAAGCCCAAGGAGAACUGAAAGGAUUCAGAGAAGCCCCAGAAGAACUGUAAGGAUUAAGAGAAGCCCCAGGAGAACAGAAAGGAUUCAGAGAAGCCCAAGGAGAACUGAAAGGAUUCAAAGAAGCAUCAGGAGAAAUGAAAGAAUUCAGAGAAGUCCCAGGACAACUAAAAAGAUUCAGAAAAACCUCAGGAGAACUGAAAGGAUUCAGAGAAGCCCCAGAAGAACCGAAAGGAUUCAAAGAAGCAUCAGGAGAACUGAAAGGAUUAGAGAAGCCUCAGGAGAACUGAAAGGAUUCAGAGAAUUCCCAGGAGAACUGAAAGGAUUCAGAGAAGCCCAAGGACAAUUGAAAGGAUUAAGAGAAGCCCUCAGGAAAACUGAAAGGAAUCAGAAGAAACCCAGGAGAACUGAAAGGAUUCAGAGAAGAUUCAGAGAAGCCCCAGGAGAACUGAAAGGAUUCAGAGAAGCCCCAGGAAAAGUGAAAGGAUUCAUUGAAGCCACAGGAGAACUGAAAGGAUUCAGAGAAGCCUCAGGAGAACUGAAAGGAUUCCGAGAAGCCUCAGGAGAACUGAAAGGAUUCCGAGAAACGCCAGAAGAACUGAAAGGAUUCAGAGAAGCCCCAGGAGAACUGAAAGGAUUCAGAGAAGCCCUAGGAGAACUGAAAGGAUUCAGAGAAGCCCCAGGAGAGCUGAAAGGAUUAGACAAGCCCCAGGAGAACUGA